AUGUUGAUUGGUCUGAAUCACACCGCGCAGAAGGGUGUCCUCUUGUUCGCGUCAUAUCUGAUCGGAACAUUCGGGAGCGCUUUGUCAUCAGUAUACGCCUAUAAUGCGAGUAAUACCAGCGGCCAUACUAAGAAAUCCACCAUCAACGCCAUGACGCUCUUUACCUUCAGUAUCGGGAAUAUCAUUGGGACCGAGAUCUUUCAACCGAAGGAUGCUCCUGACUACAUUCCGGGAAAGACUGCUAUUAUGGUCCUGCUCAUCGUGCAACUCGGUGUCUCCUUCUUGCUUCGCUGGAUCAAUAUUCGGUUGAACAAGCGCAGGCAAGUGCGACUGCAGGAGGAGAAAAUCAGGCGAGGCUGGACGGACGAAGAUCUGCAGAAGGAGCGGGAGCGACACGCGUUCGCCGACUUGACCGAUAAACAGAAUAUAUUCUUUGUGUACACGAUCUAG